AUGACAGACGCUCGCGGUACUGACGCUGUUGCACUGAAGCUGGCAUUGAAGCCGCUGAGGCCCAAGGUGCAUCUGUGGCUCCGCCAACCGUGGCUACGGCUCUAUGAGUCGUCAAAGGUUUGUGCCUUUACAGUCCUCGGCCUGUGGAAGGAGGGAGCAAACCUUUCUCCUUUGCGAGUUCGGUGGCGUUGCCGCGAGCUCGUCAAACAGGCUGGUCGAGGUUAUUUGGACCAGGAGGACUACACGACGACCCAAAUUUCAACGGCCGCCACAGUGGGGAUGCUUCUGCUUUGGCUACCUGGCUUUUCUAUCCUGUCACUUCCAGCGAGGUACUGCAACUGGCCUCCUCUUCGCAACAUUGACAGCAGUUUGGACAUCACGAAACACAGGAUCCAGGAUUACGUGAACAACGGCCUCAGCUACAAGGAAGCAGAAGUGGCUUUGCGCAAGUACCUGACAGCUGGAGAGAAGAACUUGAAGCUCCGUGUGCGAUUCUUGGCCCGCGCCAGAAGACUUCAGAAGAUGCUCAGCGUGGUCAUGACAGUUUGCAUGCUCGCUGUGGUCAGUCCCGUCACGAUGGGAGAUGGAGUGACCUGGGCUGCGCCACUUUUCUUUCUGCUUCUCUUCACUCUUGCAGCGGUCCAUGCGGCAUUGGAUCGCCUUCUGAUUCCGUGGCUGUCGCCAGUGAAGAUAACAAUGCUGUCGGUUUUGAGAGAGACGCCCGAUGAGAUUUCUGUGAUGGAAAAUGUUCUCGAAGCCUACAGGAGUUUUCCUCAGGAAGAAGUGGAGAGCUCCGAGGAUGGCGAGGAAUCCUCUGACUACUCCUCCGCAAAUGAGUCUUUCUUGGAUGAAGAUCCAUCGUCCCAGAACCUGCCGGAAGUGCUCGGUUCCAAAAAGGUGAAGAUCUUGGUGAGACCGAAAGCCCUGCGACUUCGCAUGCGCUACGAACUCAUGCGCUCUCUGCCUGCCAGUGGCGAUCACCUGCUGCGGUAUCAGCGUGAAGAGCCGCUGAAAUACGGGCGCCUGCUGCGCAUUCCUGGACUGCUACCCCCAAUUCCUCGUCGCGGCCCAAGAUCCCGAAAGGCGAGGAAGAUACAGGAAGACCUUCGUCAGCCGAAGAGCGCCGCGCGCGAGGCGCGAACUGUCAGCUUCUCGCCAACCCUGGAGAGCGACUGGAGCCACAAGGAGUCGCUUUUCCGGCUGCGAAGGAGCCACUCGCUGGGGACCGGCGUGGCCUUUGAGAACAAGCCGGAGGAAAGAGGCGUCAGAGACCACUGGGACCUCCACUCCGACAUCUUCGAUGAACACUCGCGCUCUGGCAUCCCAGGGAUGCCCAAAGGAGCCGAGCGAAUGCCCGAAAGGGGGCUGGUGGACCAAUUUGAGAUGGUGGGAACCUUUAAACCUCACGUUCAAUCUCGGUCGAUCAAGGAGGCGAUAGACUCUGGAAGACGCUGGCAGCCCUUCUCUCAAUUGUUGGUGGCAACGCAGAAUGCAGAUUUUGCACAUCAAGUCAGCUUCGACAAUAGCCGGGCUGAGGCUGUGGCCGGCACGGAGACCGUGUCCGGAGCUUUCAGUGCACGAACUGCUUCUCACCGCAGCGCUUGCAAGCACCAAGGUCUCAAGACAUAUGGCAGCAGCCAGUCGAUGAAGCUCUGGAGGUAG